GUUUAAGAGAAAUAGCAGUAGUAAUAGUAUUCCUUUUUACUCAAUUAACAUUGCACUUUUAAUACAAGUUUUAUUUUAUUGAGUUGUGUUUUAUUUUGAAAGUGUGAAUGACCCAUAUAGUAAUUUCCCGGAAGCGCUGUGUUGCUUGUUUUUAUUUCUCAGCUUGACUUCUCGCCGGUGAUAUUUCUGUGAGCACGUCGUGUUGCAGGCUGACUCUACGUUCCUCCUCAGGUGAUUGACAUGUUUCCAGUGGUUGUGGUCCAUGGGGGGGCGGGACAUAUCCCGAAGGAGAGGGUGGAGACGUCCGUCUCGGGGACGUGCUCCGCAGCCCGGGCGGGCUACGCCGUGCUGCGGGGAGGGGGCAGCAGCAUGGACGCUGUGGUGGAGGCGGUGGUCCAGAUGGAGAACAACCCCCGCUUCAAUGCAGGGUGUGGCUCAGUGCUGAAUAUCAAAGGAGAGGUGGAGAUGGAUGCCAUAGUGAUGGAUGGUAAAACUCUGGCUAGUGGUGCAGUGUCUGCUGUACGCAACAUCGCCAACCCCAUCCAGCUGGCCAGACUGGUGAUGGAGCAGACGAGUCAUGUGUGUCUGACAGCAGAGGGGGCCAAUCAAUUCGCCCGGUCCAUGGGGGUCCCUGAGGUGCCCCUUGAGUCCCUCAUCACUGAGUACUCCAUAAUGCGCUGGAAAAAGAACCUGGCACCCGGAGCCAACCCUGUGGAGUGCCAAAUGGGGAAGAUGGGCACGGUCGGCGCGGUGGCAGUUGAUAGUGAGGGCAACGUAGCCUGUGCAACCUCCACUGGUGGAAUCCUGAACAAGAUGGAGGGACGGGUGGGCGACACCGCCUGCAUAGGAUGUGGAGGUUAUGCUGACAACCAGGUGGGAGCAGUGUCGACCACCGGCCACGGAGAAGCCAUCAUGAAGGUUAUACUGGCCAGACUGGUCCUGUUCCACAUGGAGCAAGGUCAGUCGGUGGAGGCUGCCAGUGAUUUAGCUCUGGCCCACAUGAAGACCAGAGUGAAGGGUCUUGGUGGGGUGGUGACUGUGGACCCUCAGGGCCACUGGGCCGCCCGCUUCAACAGCCAGCAGAUGUCGUGGGCUGCAGCCCAGAGAGACACGCUGCACCACGGCCUGUACGCUGGGGAACACGUCACCCAGAGCAUCGAAGAGCCGCUCUGAGAGGGAGCACAACAUUUAUAGAUUUAAUAUUUUAGUCAAUUAAUCAGUCACUUUGUCUUAAAAAAAAGCCUUUGCAACACUCAGUACGUUCACAUGACACUUGAAAAAAACAAAUUAUUAUUAAUCUGACUAUAACUGGACAACUGAAGUGCAUGUAAACGUGCUAGUCUGAUUAAUGUUGGAGUUCUCCAACUCUGAUUAGGAGUAUGACCCUGCAACAAAAACAUCCAAGAAAGCCAGUCACAUUAGCCGGUCGCACAUUAGCCGGUCUGUCAUUAGCCGGUCUGUCAUUAGCCGAUCUCAUUAGCCG